AUGGACGCGGUGCUGUCGGGAUACACCGCGAAUCAACCGGAGUUGGAAGCCUCCUAUACCGCAGUCUUAAAGUAUGUACAGGCCGCAAGCAUGAUGUUGUUGAUACAUGAUUGGGCAAUCCUCUUCGGCGAAGAGGGCAUAUCAUAUCAUAUCAAGGUUGACUUGGUUUGGCGAGCCCGCUGGACAUUUCCAAAUAUUCUCUUUCUUAUCACAAGAUACACUCCUUUCAUUGACAUGGUUGUUAACUUGUAUCGGUCAAUGACCAUCGGAGUGGCAUUGAGCGAAAUUGUUAUGCUUUUGCGUACAUAUGCGAUCUUAGACCGCUCAAGACGAGUUCUUAUCGGCCUCGGGUCUUCUUGGAUCAUUUCAUUCAUAUUAAGCAUGGGAUUCAUUGGCGCAAGUGUGAAGGCACCCUCUGUUGAUACUGGGAUCCGUUCCUUCGGCUGCAGUAGCGAGACGAGGGGUAUGGCGAUUCAGGUUGGAGCCUUUGCAAGUUUGCUUUGCAUGGAGACCCGCUUUGCAUUCGCUGAUGCAGUCUACGUGUAUAGCGCGUUAUCGACUUGGGUCAUUAAAUUUAAUCUUCAACACACUUUAUUUGGAUGGGAUUUUCUUCUACAUGACCAUCCUACUCAUGUCACGUCAGCUUCUCACAUCUUCGUCGCCCCCAUGCGUGUCUUUCAUGGCCUCCUUUCCUGUCGCAUGCUGCUCAACAUCCGGCGUGUUGCCAUGCAGCAUGUGCCCCUCGCCCUUCCUACCCAUCUCCACGCUCCGGAGCUCAAUGUGUACCCACUCCCUAUAUAUCCUGACAAAGAGUUGGAUUGGGAGAGGCCUAGCUUUGCCCCGUCUAAGAUAUUGUGGCGUUCUCGAGAGGUGUGGCAAGACCACAAGUCUCGCAAUGGUGUACACGAGAGUUUCAUGGAGAUGCAGUCGUGGUUGCAGAUGUGA